AAGUGAACGGUUUAGUAAAAGAAAUGUUCUGAAAUUAAUGAAGAUGUAUUACAACAAAUACUUUUCAAAACAGUUUUUGUUUUCACUGGUAUUUAAUCCCAAUAAUAUGAGUUUUGUGGUAUGUUGUCUUUUACUGGCAGAAAUUGUAGUUAAUAUUAUUGUGAUUCAGCAUGUGAAAUAUACAGAAAUAGAUUGGGUGGCCUAUAUGCAAGAAGUGGAGGGCGUUUUGAAUGGAACUUUCGACUACACGUAUCUGAAGGGUGACACAGGACCACUUGUUUAUCCAGCGGGCUUUAUAUAUAUUUAUGCUGCGCUGUACUACGUCACAAAUCAUGGACAAAAUAUCAGACGUGCACAGUACAUAUUUGCCUUUCUAUACAUUGCCCUUCUUUAUUUGGUGUUCAGAAUUUACAUGAAGAGCAAGAAAGUGCCUCCUUAUGUUUUAGUUCUGACUUGCUGUUCUUCGUAUCGCAUCCAUUCUAUAUUUGUGCUACGACUAUUCAAUGAUCCUGUGGCCAUGGUGCUAUUUUAUGCCUCAGUCAAUCUCUUCCUAAAUUCUAAAUGGAGCCUGGCAAGUUUGUUAUACAGUAUGGCAGUAUCAGUGAAAAUGAAUAUUCUCCUGUUUGCACCUGCCAUUUUGUUGACAUAUUUAACUUGCCUUGGUUUAAAAGGUACAUUGAUACAGUUGACAAUAUGUGCAUCAGUUCAGGUUCUGCUUGGAAUUCCAUUCAUCCUGACCAAUCCCAUGGCUUAUAUUCAUGGUGCUUUCAACCUUGGCCGUGUGUUUCUAUAUGAGUGGACAGUGAAUUGGAGGUUUCUGUCAGAGGACAUUUUCACAAACUCAUACUUCCAUAUAGGCCUCCUUGCUUUGCACAUGACAUUACUUUUGUUUUUCUAUAGUUCUGCACUGAUAUACCUAAGAAGUUAUGCGACACUCAUUAGCAUUCAGAAGAAGGUUAGGAGACAGUUAUCAGACUGCACAGAAAAGUUGAACAUGGACACAGCAUCACAAUUAUUCUUACUGCCACUUUUUACUGCCAAUCUGAUUGGCAUAGCCUGCAGUAGGUCACUGCAUUACCAGUUCUAUGUCUGGUAUUACCAUAGCCUCCCAUAUCUUCUUUGGUGUACUCGCUUUACAAGUAUUGGCAGACUUUGCAUCCUUGGUAUCAUUGAAAUGUGUUGGAACACUUUUCCAUCUACAUCCCUGAGCAGUUUGACAUUGCAUUUGUGCCACAUCAUAAUUUUGUUAGGAAUUGCUAGAAACAGGCCAAAUUUGAAAGUAGAAUAAGAAGUAAGUGACAUAUUUGGGUGAAAGUGUACUCACACACACUUCUAUACUUUAGCCCAUACACUUUAUAUUCAAAAGUUACAUUAAACUUGGCGUGUUAAUAAGUAGGUAACAUGGUGUUUCUAUGAUAACAAAUGCAAAUCAGUUUUACUUGUUUAAGCAGCAAUAAGAAGAUUACAAAAUGCUCAAAUAUUUUUGAAAAGCACAGAGGAAAAAGAAAAUUUCCUCCAAGCAGGUGUGUAUAGCAGUAAUGUAGUCUUGUGUAAGUGGUAGACACUUAAAAUCUCAGCUAAGUUAUCAGAUAUCAUAACAGGUUUUUUUAUGCCUUUCCACAUUCACUUCAGGUAGGUGCUGUAAUAGUGCCAUGAAAUAGACCAUGACUGCCUCAUUACAAAUCUUGACUUACCAUUCAUGUUUAUCUUCUAGUUUACUUUGAUGCUGUGUGGACAGUGCAGUGGAAAACCAUUGUUAAACAACCUAACAGUUAGAUAGUCAGUCCAGAAACAUGGACACUAUUAUCUUGCCACCAAAUAUUUUAGUUUUGACAUUUUUGGUUUUUGCAGUUGGUGACAAGAUGAUGUACCCAUGUUACGUCUAUAGGGAUAGUAGAGCUCCUAUUUCAGAAAUUUUUCACCUUUUUUAUUUUAACAUUACAGUGUAUCUAGAUGAAUGCACCAUAGUUUAUUGUGGAUUUUUGUCCACUGCUUUGGGAUUCGUCUGGUUUACACAUUUGAACUACAAUGCAUGUAAUGUACGAGGCUCGUCCACAAAGUAAGUUUCCCUGGGGCCGUUUACAGAAACAAAACACAAUUUCAUGGAAAUAUUUAUUGCAACAGAUACAGCAAGUGUCCAGCUAUUUUUCAACAUAUUCGC